CGGCUCCAUCACUGGUGAGUCGGGCCGGUCGCCACACGAUGCAACGCCUCGUCCCUCGCCCAUCCGCGCGAGUGUCGUCGGCGUCCCAGCGCCGCCCGCCUGCUCACGCCCUCGUUGACGCCGCGCGCCUGCUCACGCCCUCCAAAGCUUUGCCGUCGACGUCUCACGCCUGCGCCGUUCCCGUGCGCAAACCCGCCUCCGACUUUCACCUCCGCCGAGGGCGUGUCAUCGACGUGCUCCGCGAAUCGUACCCGCGCCUCUUUCAAGAGCGCCCCGACAUGUCGAUUUACGCGAGGAACAUCGUCUGCUUCCGGGCUGACGGCGGCGGGCCGAGGGUCCGAGGCAUUGCUGCCUACACACGCAUGUUCGACGCGCUGCACCUCUCUCGGCGCACCAUGGUUGCCGCGGCGGAGCUGCAGCACAGGCUGCACGUGUGUGACGAUGACACCAUCCGCGUGCGGUGGGCCGCGAAGAUCUGGCUGCGCCUGCCCCUCCCUCGCGCUUCGCCGCUACACGUCGACGGCGUGAGCGUCUACCUGCUCGACUCGAAUGCGCGGGUGGUGGUCCACCGCCUCGAGUUUGUGGACGUGCUGCACGACGGUCGAUCUGCAGCAGAGGGCGCUGCUCAGCCGCUCGCGGGUCCGUUGCCGCUGCCUCUCGUCUCGUGCGGCCGCGAGGGCGACUCGCGGCUACCGCUGCGAGGCGCUGGCUAGGAAUCUGGGCAAGGCCAAGGGUUUGUAGGUGCUACGGUAGUCGAAACGGUAGGUCCCCGGAGGGCAGGAGAGGGGUGUGUAAAAUGUUACUGCGCAGGCCUGGCCGCAAGUCGGAACACAGCUCAUGUGUUUUGCGUGCAGACUGCAGUCAGAGUCCGAUCGAGUGUCGUGAGUUACGAGUCGUGUUGGGUUGUUACCCGGAGAGAGGAGGGGAGGUGUAUGGUUUAGAGGGGGGAAGCUAGGCGGGCUCGAGUCACCAGUAAGCCUAAA